AUGGGAGGCUUUGCAGCAGGAAAGUUGGCCGUGAAGAUGGUGAUUGCGGCCUUUUCGGGCAUGGGAGCCGCCACGAUCUGUCAUCCCCUCGAUGUGAUUCGCGUCCAAAUGCAAACAGAAGGAGGAUCCUACACGAGUCCGCUGGACUGUGCCAAUCAAAUUGUCAAACAAGAGGGACUCGUUAAUGGUCUCUAUGCGGGAAUCUCGGCUGCGUAUCUUCGCCAAUGGCUCUAUGGAAGUUGUCGGAUUGGAAUCUACGCCUUUUUGCUGGAACAGGCUCAAACCAAUAAUAUUGCCGCCGGUUUGGAAAAGAAUGCCAUUCCGUUGGCGCACAAAAUGGCCAUGGGAUUGACAUCGGGUGGAAUUGGUUCUUUCGUGGGAACUCCCUCGGAAUUGGCGCUUGUACGCAUGUCGGCCGAUUCCAAACUCCCCGAAAAAGAACGUCGCAAUUACAAAUCCGUUGUCGAUUGCGUCUCGCGCAUUGCCAAUGAAGAAGGGAUUCCACAAUUAUGGCGCGGUGCCAAAGUGACCGUACUAAGAGCGAUGGUACUCAGUGCCUGUGCCAUGGGCAUGACAUCCGAUAUCAAACAACGAUUGGUACUCAGCAAAAUCUUUGGAGACGACGGACAAAUGUUCCAUGGACUGCCACUCAUGUUCUGUGCCACGCUCGUGUCGAGUUUUGCCGCCAAUAUUGUCGCCAAUCCACUCGAUGUCAUUAAAAGUCGCAUGCAAAACCAAAAGGUUGAAAAAGAUGGAACUUCGGCCAAGUACAAAUCCAUGGUCGAUUGUUUCUGGAAAAUACUCGCCGACGAAGGUGUCCUGAAGUUAUGGGCGGGAUUCACUCCGGCAUUCCUCAAGUUGGCACCCUAUACCAUCAUUUCGCUCAUUCUCACAGAAAAAAUCACCAUGGUCGUCACUGGAAAGGCGGCAUUGUAG